CCUCUCCCCAUUUACACCUCAUUUUCAAAUAUAUACACCAUCCUCCCCACUAACCUUCUACUUCCUUCCCCCAUAUCCUUCUGCUCCGAACGUACCAAACCUCACCGGAGCCUAGUGGAGGUUGCUUUCGGCUGCUUCCUCUUCGAUCUGAAAAACUAAAGAAAUGGCAGACUCUGAGGAUAUUCAGCCCCUUGUUUGUGACAAUGGAACUGGAAUGGUGAAGGCUGGGUUUGCUGGUGAUGAUGCUCCUAGGGCAGUCUUUCCUAGUAUUGUGGGUAGGCCACGACAUACUGGUGUUAUGGUGGGAAUGGGCCAAAAGGAUGCUUAUGUGGGAGAUGAAGCCCAAUCGAAAAGAGGUAUCUUGACUUUGAAAUACCCAAUUGAGCAUGGUAUUGUCAGCAACUGGGAUGACAUGGAAAAGAUCUGGCAUCACACUUUCUAUAAUGAGCUUCGUGUUGCUCCUGAAGAGCACCCUGUGCUCCUUACAGAGGCACCCCUUAAUCCUAAGGCAAACAGAGAAAAGAUGACUCAAAUCAUGUUUGAGACCUUCAAUGUUCCAGCCAUGUAUGUUGCUAUUCAGGCUGUGCUUUCUUUGUAUGCAAGUGGUCGUACAACUGGUAUCGUGUUGGAUUCCGGAGACGGUGUGUCCCACACUGUCCCAAUUUACGAAGGUUACGCGCUUCCCCACGCUAUCCUCCGUCUUGAUCUUGCAGGCCGUGACCUCACAGAUUCCCUAAUGAAGAUCCUGACCGAAAGAGGUUACAUGUUCACCACCACCGCCGAACGGGAAAUUGUCCGUGACAUGAAGGAAAAGCUCGCAUACGUGGCUCUUGACUACGAGCAAGAACUCGAAACCGCAAAAAGUAGCUCCUCCGUUGAAAAGAACUAUGAGUUGCCCGACGGGCAGGUUAUCACGAUUGGGGCAGAGAGAUUCCGCUGCCCGGAGGUUCUCUUCCAGCCAUCUUUGAUCGGAAUGGAAGCUGCUGGUAUUCAUGAGACUACAUACAACUCCAUCAUGAAGUGUGAUGUUGAUAUCAGGAAGGAUCUUUAUGGAAAUAUUGUGCUUAGUGGUGGGUCCACCAUGUUCCCGGGCAUUGCUGACCGGAUGAGCAAGGAAAUCACUGCCCUUGCCCCUAGUAGCAUGAAGAUUAAGGUGGUUGCACCCCCGGAGAGGAAAUACAGUGUCUGGAUUGGAGGAUCAAUCCUUGCAUCUCUCAGUACCUUCCAACAGAUGUGGAUCUCCAAGGGAGAAUAUGACGAGUCGGGUCCAUCUAUUGUUCACAGGAAAUGCUUCUAAGUAUUAUUUUGUUGCUUUUGAUGAUCGAGUUUGUUUUUGUUAUUAUAUUCUUUAUCUAUUUUUCGUGUUAUGUUUCAUGUGAAGUAAGAAAGGCAGAAAUGGAUCGUAUGUGGAGUUGUUAACAAACAGUCCAUUUCUGCUAUGGGGAUGUUUGUAGCCGAAGAUUGAUUGUUAUGUUUUAUCCUACAUUUUCUUAUUUAGGUGUCUGUUUGUGGUCAUUUUAUUAAAACUGAUAAUAUUUAUUGCUUGGUUAGGGAGCUUUUAAACUACCAUUUGUUGAUAAAUAUAUAUGUUUGUUUACUGCUUUAA